AUGGCGGCCAAGAAGACGACUCCACUUCUGAGCCGCCUCAGAGGGGCGAUUCACAAGGUACGCUUCCUGCUCUCCUUCGACGCAACCAAAUGGAUCGCUAUCUCCUCCUUCAAGAGAUCGUCGCCGGUGCCUCCUCGCCCGCUGACCUUCACCGCCCGGCCCAGCUUGCUCGACUGCACCGACGACUACUACGACGCCCGCUCCUCGUUCGCGCUCUCGAGGACGAUGAGCCCGUGCUCUCCUGCGUUGACGACGCCUAGCCCGGUCCCGGAGAUCUCGAGAUCGACCAGUGAUGCGUCUUCCGGGGAUGACAUCGACCAGAGGGCGGAGCGGUUCAUAGAGAACUUCUACCGCCAGCUGCGCAUGGAGCGGCAGGUCUCUCUUGAGCUGAGCUACCGCAGAGAGAAGAGCUUGGAGAGGUCGCCUGGAACAGUACAGUAA